AUGCCGGUGUACUGUAGGUGAGACAGAAUGGAUUCCCCAGCCAGACUUCAUAGACGACAUGUAUUGGUCCGGGUCAGCGCCCCUUUGUUUAGGAGGCUGUAAGGCGCGGCACCAGGAGCUCAGGAGAGAUCGCUGUGGAGACUCGAGCUGCUGCUGGCUCGGCUACAAGUCCCUGUGCAGAGUGAACUGUGGGAAGCCAGAUGUGGACUAUAAUGGAGUGGUGUAUGGUAACGACUGGUGGGUGGGCUCUGUGGUGAGGUACGCCUGUCGCUCUGGCUUCAUGCUGGUGGGAAAUCCAACCAGAUCUUGCCAGCCUAAUGGCCUCUGGACCCCGAAACCCACCUGCCUCCGAAUGUGUCCACAGGGACGCAUUGAAAUCAGUGAGAGGGAACUGAAUGGGACAUGCAACUCCACCUGCACAUUUAAGUACUAUUUUGGCCCACCCAAACAAGGCUGCACCCGGAUAGACAACUGCAAGAAGAAGGAGACUGGCUGGAAGCGAUUCUUUGCACAGUGUGUCCCUUGCAUUUGUGACUGUGCUUUAUCAUGUGCAUCUAAAGUCUAAAAGAUGGAGAAAGCACGAUGUUGACUUCAGAUGAAGAGGAAACACAGACAGCUUGUGCACCGCAGAGCCACACACUGUUUCUGCUCCUUCAUGCAAUUGUGUGGACAAAUCAAUUGACUAAAAGCUGGAUGUUUUCAGACAUUAAUUUAUUUUCUCUGGCAGAAUGAAGCCAACUGUGUGUCCUUGGUUUCUAUAUAUAGGAUUUUACAUUAUGACAAGAAGAUAUCAGUGCCUCAAAUCCACUGAGGUUAAAAUCAGUCUGAGUCAGUGGUGAGUUAUAAGCAAAGCAGAACUGCUAAAUUCGGUCAAUCUAGGUGAUGAAAGGUGGUGACAGUCAGAAAAGCAGAGUGAGGGGAAUUUUAGUCUGUGUCAGGCUUGGGUCAAAUAAAAAUUGGAAAAGUUGUGAAAGAACUUACUUGGUGCAAUAAUUUCAUGUCACAGAUUCCACCUACCAGGAAUAUCACAGAUUAGCGUCUCUGCGUUAUCGCUCCUCCUCUCAGUCCAUCUGUCCAGGAAGGAGAUGAAACCUUAAUCUCGUUACAAAGUGAGGAGCUUUGGUCAGGGAGCUCAGGGGUCCCAGUUAACACAAAGCAUGUUGUAGAGCUCAUAAGCAAAUUGCUUAAGUAGUAGAGUGUGUAUGUUUUUUUUUAAAAUAAUUAUUUAUUUGGAAAAAUUGUACAAAAUAUGUAAAAACUUCAUUUUUACACUGAUGGACUUUGUAAAUGUGAAAUAAUGU